ACAGUCACAACACUCUACAAUCCACUACACACAUCACAAAACACCAAACACACAAUGGUCGCCGCUAAGGAAGUUCUGUCCCGCAAGACGGGUGUCAUCUACGGUGAUGACGUCCUUGCUCUCUUCAAGCACGCAAAGGACAACGGCUACGCGAUUCCCGCCGUCAACGUUACCUCUUCCUCCACUGUCGUAGCCACACUCGAGGCCGCACGCGACAAGAAGUCGCCCAUCAUCCUCCAGACUUCCCAGGGUGGUGCUGCGUACUUCGCCGGCAAGGGUGUCGGCAACAAGAACCAGGAGGCUUCCAUCGCUGGUGCCGUCGCUGCCGCUCACUACAUCCGCGCUAUUGCACCAACAUACGACAUCCCCGUCAUCCUACACACCGACCACUGCGCCAAGAAGCUGCUGCCAUGGUUGGACGGCAUGCUCGACGCUGACGAGGCCCACUUCAAGGCUACCGGCGAGCCUUUGUUCUCCUCCCACAUGAUCGAUCUCAGCGAGGAGGAGGUUGAAUUCAACGUCCAGACCACCAAGAAGUACCUCCAGCGCGCCGCCCCGAUGAAGCAGUGGCUCGAGAUGGAGAUUGGUAUCACAGGUGGUGAGGAAGAUGGUGUUGACAACGAGGGCGUUGACAACGCGAGCUUGUACACACAACCCGAGGACAUCCUCAACAUCUACAACGAGCUCUCCUCCGUGAGCCCAUACUUCUCCAUCGCUGCUGGUUUCGGCAACGUCCACGGAGUCUACAAGCCCGGAAACGUCAAGCUCCAGCCUUCCCUUCUCAAGAAGCACCAGGAGCACGUCAAGGAGCAGGCAAAGACCAAGGAGGACAAGCCUGUUUACCUUGUUUUCCACGGUGGAUCCGGUUCCUCGGUCGAUGAUUUCCGCGAGGCUAUCUCCUACGGUGUCGUCAAGGUCAACCUUGACACCGACAUGCAGUGGGCUUACCUGACCGGUAUCCGGGAUUACGUCCAGAACAAGUCUGGAUACCUCCAGACCCAGGUUGGCAACCCUGAUGGCGAUGACAAGCCCAACAAGAAGUACUACGACCCCCGUGUCUGGGUUCGUGAGGGCGAGAAGACGAUGACCAAGCGCGUCGAGGUCGCGCUGGAGGAUUUCUACGCUGCGGGCAAGGUUUAAACGCCCUCUCGGGAGUCCGAAUGGACUGACAUCGACGUUGUAUAGUCGAGGUGUUUGGGGAUGAGAGUGGAACAGACUGGACUGUAUCAGUAUGCGGCAGUCCGUUGGUCAGUUGAUGAAGAACAUGAAAA